CUAAUCGGAUUAUGGAGGCAGAGUUUUGUAGCGCACUCGUCUAUUUCUCUCUUAUCAUCUGCGGGGAAUGUCCAGCGCUUCCACCAUCAAAUGCUGUUUGUUUGCAACAUCACAAUAACUGAAAAGUUCCCCCCGGGAAAAAUUGCGACAUCCUGAAGAUUGUUUCACUUUACAUGGAACUGCAAAGACUUAUUUUCGAGUUUUCGGUUUCCACAUGAGUUUCUAAUCAUCGCCGGAGUGUUGUUGAGGAACACAGCAAUGACUUUUGCGUUACAGAGACAGAAAUGAUUUAAACAAGCUGAUAAAACUACGGUAAGCUAUUAUUACAUGGACACCAAAUGCACUUGCUUUUUAUACGAGUGGUGGAAAAUGAAGUCGCGGAUAGUUAGAAGAAGAUUCGAACCGCAGUUUGGAGAUUAAACGCUUUUUGUAAUAGCAUUUUGCUUAUUUGGUAUCUGAAACGUACCUAAAUGCUGCCGAAGGAGACCAGGAGGUGUUUGAUCCGCAUGCCUUGAGGAUUUUAUCCUAUUGGGGUUAAAUGGUUCUGAUAACGGACAACAGGGGUGGCGGAGGAUCAUCUCCGGGAAGAGUUAAACCACUUAAACACACUAAAAGCGCCCAGAUCUGUCCCACCAUCGUGGAGGAAUCACCUGACCGCGCGGGCGAUGGCGAAUAUGAUGAAUAUCUCUGCUCGGUCGAGUUGGAUGAGGACUUCGAGGAGUUGGAUGACUUUUCAGAUCUGCCGGACACCAGGAGUAUCGCCUCAGACGACUCCUUUUACCCGCCGGACGAUGACUUUGCUGACUCUGAGAGAACCCCUUCACCGGAGAGUCCCGCACCGCUGUCUUUUUUUCAAGCGUGUUGCAGCAACAACGCGCUUAUAGUGAAACUCAUGAUUAGACAAGGUGUUACGGAGGAGGAUGUCCAGGAGACGGACAAAAACAAUAGGACUGGACUAAUAGUGGCGUGCUACCAAGGGUAUGUGGAUGUGGUGAUUGCUCUCUCCCAAUGUCCUCACCUGGAUGUGAACUGGCAGGACAAUGAAGGCAAUACAGCCCUCACCACUGCUGCCCAGGCGGGUCACAUCACAAUCACUAACUACCUACUCAACUACUUUCCUGGGCUUGACAUUGAGAAGAGGAACUGCCAUGGUUUCACCGCUCUGAUGAAAGCUGCUAUACAGGGUCGAGUGGAAUGUGUCAGAGCCCUGAUGCUGGCAGGAGCGGAUAUGAAUGCCAGGGACAAUGGGAGGAAGUUCACUGCGCGAGAGUGGGCCAUCUUCACAAGCCGCUACGACACUGUGUUCACCAUGACGCGUCUGAUACAGCAACCGUGUGCGGAUCAGUUCUGCGACAGCUAUCGGCCCGAAUGGCCCCUUCUGCCCGCGCUGGUGGCCAAAGCUCAGUCACCCAAAGGCUGCAUCCAGAAAAUUUCAGAAACACUACGUGACUUCUUUAACAUCAGCAACGUCACCGAAGCUUCAGAAGACGGGGUUCUGGAUCACAUGGUGCGCAUGACAACAUCACUGGGGAGCCCGUUCAUCGCGACUGCGUGCCGAACGGUGUGUCCCGGAAGUCCGCCCUGUGUGGGGAAACGCCGUUACUCUGUUCCAGAGAUACUAAAAAAACAACGCAUUGAACAACUGAAAAAUCUAGGACCCGAGCGCCUGGAGAACUACAAACGUCUAUUCCAGAACUCUCGCGUCCUGCUGGUGCCCAAGCCCAAAGAUCGCCGUGCCAGUCUGCAACACCAGGCUCAAUCAGACGCCUCCUCCUCUUUGACCCCAGCCAUCCGCAGAGUCAGUCUGCACCCCUUACACCUGCUGAGGAGGAGCAGCAUUAGACCAGGUUUGGUGGUGCCCAAGCUGAGGAUCACCAAGGCACCUACACCAACCUUUGUCCCGGAGAAAGUGCGGCGGAAAAGCAGCUGUAUAGACGACCAGUUUCUCCAGAUCCCGAAGUGGAGAUAUAAAGAACUAAAAGAGGAACGAAAGAAAGCAGAGGAGGCGGAAAGGAAAAGAUUGGAGGCCGUCAUGAAGAAACAACUCACUACAGGCAAAAGAAAAUAAGUGUGAGAUAUAGCACUGCUCACCAUUUUAUACUUGAAAUGCAAUUUUGAUGUUAAACUCAAAUUUAUUUGACUAUUUAUUGUUUUUUGGGCAAGACAACUAAUUUUUAUAAUGUUAAAUGCUUGGAAACCUCUUUUUAAAAUGGGGUAAAGUGAACGGUUUAUAUGUUUGAGAAUCAGGAAAAUAGCUAACCAGAUCAGCUAAUAUGGGUACACUACUAAAACCAGAUACUACUUUAUGUUUACAUCCUUAAAAUAGGGUUAUUUGACUUUUAGAGUUGUCCAUUGUCUCAGUAGCAUUGUGAAUGUAUUAAACAAGCAUAUUUUUUCAAUACCUCAAAACUAUUUUUCUAAACAUUUUUUCUAAACCAGCAGCCAUGCCUGUAUUUGCACACAUUUCAGAGACAAAUGCUACAGACAAUCACCAGCAAGUAAUGAAAGACUGAAAAAGAGGUAUUGAUAUAAUGGAUCAGCAUCUUAUUUGAUUUUGUCUGUAUGUCUAUUUUAAUAACUAUUUAUACUACUAAAGCACUCUAAAGUUUUCUUCUAUGACUAUGUUCUGAAACUAUACAUGUUCAAGAAAAAACAUUUCUUGUGUGUUACCAAAUGGUAUUUGUUACUAUAUGUGGAGAGUGGGGUAAGAUGUGUCAUGCUUCCACAUUAUGAUUGGCUUUUGCAUAUCAAGGGUCAAACUUACACAGCUGUCUGAGGAGAAGAGGUGCACUUAAAAAGGCUAAACAUGUCUUUGCAUGUCAAAGUACAUAGUUGAAAAAGCCAACAAAAAUGUAUGCAGGUUUAAAAAUAUAUAUCAUACACACUACUGUUCCAAAGUUUAGGGUGAGUGAGAUUUGUUUUAAAGAAAGUAAUACUUUUAUGUAGUAAGGACACAUUAAAUUGAUCAAAAGUGACUGUGAAGACUUGUAAUGUUACAAAAGAUUUAUAUUUACAAUAAAUGCUGUCACACUGGAGUAGUAGCUGGUAAAAGUGAUUUGCCAUCACAGAAAUAAAUUGUUUUGAGUAUAUAUAUACAUACUGCAGCCUUGUUGAUUUUUUCGAAUCUAUUCUCUUUUGUAAGAAACAGUAUUGAUUCUUAAAUCCCAAGAAUCGAUUAGUCUAGCCUGUUUUCAGUAAAUGAAAUAUAGAGCAAUCUUCCGUCCAAUACAUUGCAAUAAGCUUUGUUCUUUGUUGCUUUUUGAUAUGAAACAAAGUCUUAGAAUACAAAUUCUGUCCAUUUUAUUGCAGUAUUAAAACAAUAAAUGCCGUUUUGGCACUGUUUAAUGUGAAGUGACAGAUCGCUGACUCUCAUGUAUAUUUUACAGCAUUAGUUGAGAGAUUUUUUUUUCCUUGAGAAAAUUUGGCAUGUGCUGUACCUGAUAUAUAUGCAAAAUAUUCUAUAUCGAAUUGAAUCACAAGCUUGUGAAUCAGAAUUUAAUUGAAUCAUGAAAUUUGUGUUUAUUAAAAACUUUACAACCCAAAAACUGUAUAUAGGUGAAUUACUAAUGAACAAAACAAACAAAUCAUUUAGCUAAAGAUAAGCCAUGAAUUAUUAAACCAUAUUUUCCAAAAACAAUAGCUUCAGGGCAAGCUAUGCCAGUGGCUUCACUAAUAGUGAAACUGAGAUUUCCCUUCAAAUAAAGGUAAUCCUGUUACUAUUUAUACAAAAGCUUCAAAUUAUUAUUAAACAUUCUGAAUAUUUAACCUUAUCCUGGAUACCUUGGUACAUGAAAAUGCAAAGAAUGUGCAGUAAAGUAAGACUUUACAAAGGCACUGUAUUGUACACUAUAAAUAUUU